UUCGCGCAACUUUCUCGAGCAAUUGUCAGAGAGGGCGAUCCUCGAUACUAGCUCAAAACAAUUGCUACAACUACGAUGCACCAAUAACUGCGACAGUCCCGACCUCACCACUCCAUUUCGACCGCAGUGCACCUCCCAACCCACACCUCAACCACCCUAAUGCGCCCCCCGCACGUCCUCAUAACCGGCGGCUCCCGAGGCAUCGGCCUCUCGAUCGCACACCUCUUCGCCCACAACGCCUACCGGUGCACCAUUGUUUCGCGCUCAGAAGCACCCCUCCGCGCCGCCGUUGCAUCACUCCCCGCGCCCUCAUCUGCAAAACACGCGUACAUAACUGGCGACAUCGCAUCCCCUACCUUCUGGAGCAGCGCGGGAAUCGGAUCUUCCCUGCCAGCCAAAGAUGAAGCGAGUAAGCUGGAUGUCCUGGUGAACUGCGCGGGCGUCACGCAAGGCUCCUUGUUCGCCGCCACACCUCCCGAGCAGAUUCAGCACAUCGUCGACACAAAUCUCACGGGAGUGAUGGUGGGGACGCGAUUUCUACUACGGGGGCGGUACUUUGGGAAAGGAAGGGAGGAGGGCAGCAAUAAGUGCAUUAUCAAUGUCGCGAGUCUGCUCGCGACGCACGGAGGGCACGGGGCGGUCGCGUAUGCAGCCAGUAAGGCCGGGGUGUUGGGCUUUACGCGGGCGCUUGCUAGUGAAUUAGGGAGGCAAGGGAUACGGGUGAACGCGGUGGUGCCGGGGUAUGUGGAGACGGAUAUGACUGGAGACCUGGACCACGCGGCGCUGUCCUCCCGCAUCCCGCUCGGGCGGCUGGGUAAGCCCGAAGAAAUUGCCUCCGCAGCGCUGUUCCUGGCGCAAAACGAGUACGCGCAUAACUGUGUGAUCAAUCUCGAUGGCGGCCUGUCGGCCGUAUGAGACGGCUCCGCGCCGCAACGAUGUCUGCGCCGUUUCGUUUGCCAAGGUACACAGAUCAAAAAGGUGGUGAUCAAGCGAUCCAAAACCAGCCCCGCUCCAAUGUGUAUCCAAUGGUCCUUCAGAACGCCACAGAACGAUGCCAUUGCGGGUCAUGCAUUGGCGAUGGAAUGGGGGAAAUCCAGCAGGGUAGCGGAAGGACUAGUAAGGCGAUGUACGUGAGACCGCUUCAAAUGCUGGUCAGGUUGACGAUAGUGGGUGGGGAAAGGAUGUGAGCACUCGUAGGUGCAUGAUAGGCGCACAUAAGGUGGGAUCAAGCUCCGCAGCGGCUGGUAUAGAGAUGUCGGGAGAGAUCCCAGGUAGCAUAACACGAGAUGCAGCUGCGAUGUCGAACACCCUUCUAGAAGAAUGGGCAACCUCAGUCGUCGUCAAGAACAAUAAUCCCAUC